ACAAGGGUGGAUAAAGCAGCUAUCAUAACUUAGCUAUGUUUAGACAGACUGGGUUAAUGCAGGUUCAAGAUAGUUGUGUACUGUGUUGAUGUGCUGCUACUGGAUCAGAUUUCACUACAUUCCUUUAAUCUGAGACCAUGCACUGCCAUCUUCAACUGCAAUGAAGGAAGAACAGGAGCAAAUAAAAUAAAUUAAGACACUAUGGCUUUACUUUUCAGCAUCAUUUUUGGUUAAUUAAAAGCACAUUAGACAAGAAACAAUACUAUAAGUAGAGAACCUUGACGUUCACGGUUUCCUGUGGGGAGUAUAUUCAUAGACGGAAAGUGAAACUACAGACGGUCAUUAAUACACGUCGAUCUUCCUGGAAGCAAAAAGUGGUCGUCUGUCUUGACAAGCAAAUGGAGAACUCUUAACAUUUAGGUUUGAGCAGAUGACCAGAUACUCAGAAGUGCAGUUUAUGGUCAGCUCCUGUAGAUACACAUUAUUACAGAUACACGUUAUUUACAGACACUGCUCACAUGUAUUGGUACGAGGCAUAUAGAAUCUUGUCUGGAGAAAUAAUAUUUGUAUAUGGCUAGCCCUCUGGAAGUGGAAGCGGCUUGCUUUAGAUAACUGCACAUCCUGUGGUCUGAACUUAAACCCAGAGAAGUGGAUUUAUUGAAAGCUAUCACUGCAGCCUGUGCCAACAUGGGGAACAUAUGGGAUUGUUGUGGACGAAAAAACCCUUGUGACCAUACAGAGGAUGAGACUAAAGGUUUACUGCACAGCUCUGAAUCAAAGACAUCAACUAAGACAGGAACGGAUGUCUGCACUAGUCCAACUUCAGAUGAAGAGCACAGGCAUGAAGAUGAAACAAAACCACAGCUGGGUGAAUCGGUUAUAACCAAACAGCCAAAUUCAAAGUCUCAAAUUCUUAAACCACAGAGCUCUUACUCUACAACAAUAUCACUAUUACACACUGAAGUCUCUCUUGCUGUUGAAGUUAAUCCCAAUGUUUCUCCUGAAACGGCUCCAACAGAAACUAUAAUCUUAGCUACAGAACCACCAAAAACAGAGACUGAAAUCACUGAAGAAAUCCAAAACAUUGCAGCUGAAGUCUCAGAAGCACCUCAAGACGUAGCACUUGCGGAGAAUAAUGCCUCAGUGAAAGGAGAGAUAGAGGCUCAGCACGGGUCAGUUGAAGAGGUAGACAUCACAGCUGCUCUGACAGAUGAUGCAGGUGCUACCGCAACCAGUUCAGACUCAACAGUCGCACCUGCUAUGGAGACACCUGUUAAGGAAGCACCUGUUCAAGAGGCAACUGCACUUGCUCAGGUAGAAUCUGAGAAGAGCUCCUCCCAACCAGAGCCAGAAACACACGUGGAGAUGAUUGUAGUUGAGAAGGAAAUUAUCCAAACUGAGGAACUAAAUCUGAAUGACACCAAUGAAGUGACACAUGAAGAGACUGGUCUCAAUGACACUGGGGAUAUUUCACUGAUGGACAACAGCAGCACAGAACCUGACUCAUGCUUUUUAGGUCAGUCUAAUGAGUUGGAUGUUAUUGAGAAAAGUGUAGCUGAAGUGACUUCUGAGGAACCCAUCAUUGAGCAAACAGAUGAAGUAGAGGACAAACGUUCAGAGGAUACUCAUUCUGAGAUGGCAGAACAGAAGCAAGUGACAUCUGAAGUUUCUCAAACUCAGGAACAUUCACUGGAAGCUUCAUCUCCAGAUGUGGAUAUUACCAAUGGACUCUCUCCUGCCAUAGAAAAUGGUCUAGUGAAGGACUCUGGAAGUCUGAAAGUUGAGAAUGAAAUAAAUGCUGAUGUCAUGGAGGUGGAAAAGCUGCCUCAAAAAUAAGACAUAGUACAGGAAUCGAAUGAAGAAACCUUGGAAACUGAGAGUCAAGAGCAACUGUCAUCUAAACCCUCUACACAAACUGACAGCCCUAUUGAUAUGGACAAACCUGAAGUCAUGGAUUCUGUGAAAGAUCUAGAGAAGAAUGAAAAGUUUGCAGAUCAAGAGCGCGAGAUUAGAGAACCCGUUCAGAAUGGCCUGGACUCCACAUGUGCCUCAGUGUCAUCAAGCCCCACUGAGAAAACCAGACUCACUGGACCAAGUGAUUCAGUUGCUCUAGAAGACACUGAGGCCAUAGGUGAGAUUCCUGUGUUGAGCGAGGCAAAAUUAGUGGAAGAAGUUGUAAAAGAUGCAGAAACUGGACCUCAACAAACAGAAGACGAAAAGGAGAAACAGGAAAAGGAAGCUAGUGCUGCACAGAAAAACGAAGGAAAAGAAGACACUUCUGCCACCCCAAAAUCAGAGAUCCUUUUCAGCAGUGGCACAGUAGAGGUGAAGCUGAUACAGAAAGAUACAGAAGAGAGUGUGGAGGAAGUGCACGAGGCAUUGGAUGAGAGUGCAGACCUAUAUCUGGGAGCAGAGGAGAUGGAAAUGGGAGCCAGCAAUAACAAGCCACCCAAACCACUGCUGGAGCUCACAAUUCCUGGUAUAGAGACCAGAUGUAGCUUAGCACCAGCUGUGGACAUACUGGCCUACAGUGAGAGAGAAUGGAAGGGAAACACGACCAAAAGCGCUCUCAUCAGAAAGUGAGAUGUCCCGUAGCUUUAGCGGUCUGAGGAGAGUCAGAGGCGAUAACUACUGUGCCCUACGAG